ACGAUGCAGACAUUAGUUUGUUUCUGACAUUCGUGAAGUGUUCAUUAAAAAGUAAAAAGUGAAAAAUGACUGGUCGUGGUAAAGGUGGCAAAGGCUUGGGUAAAGGAGGUGCAAAGCGUCAUCGCAAAGUGUUGCGUGAUAAUAUCCAGGGUAUCACGAAGCCAGCUAUCCGUCGUUUAGCUCGUCGUGGUGGCGUGAAGCGAAUCUCUGGACUUAUCUAUGAAGAGACUCGUGGCGUUCUUAAGGUCUUUUUGGAAAAUGUUAUUCGUGAUGCUGUCACAUACACCGAACACGCCAAGAGGAAGACAGUCACAGCCAUGGAUGUUGUCUAUGCGCUGAAAAGGCAAGGUCGCACACUGUACGGCUUUGGCGUACACUGGAGCACCGGCACCAACACGCUCGGCAUAGUUGCCUUUGCGAAGAAGACGGUGAAUACGACCAACGGGGAACUGAAGGCCAGCGCGACAAGUGGAAAGGCAGCCAAAAAGGCUGGCAAAGCCCAGAAGAAUAUUACCAAGAAUGAUAAGAAGAAGAAGCGUAAGAGGAAGGAAAGCUACGCCAUCUACAUUUACAAAGUGCUAAAGCAGGUCCAUCCUGACACUGGAAUCUCGUCAAAGGCCAUGAGCAUCAUGAAUAGCUUUGUGAACGACAUUUUUGAGCGUAUUGCUGCUGAAGCCUCUCGUUUGGCCCACUACAACAAACGUUCUACGAUUACCAGUCGGGAAAUCCAAACUGCAGUCCGUCUUCUGUUGCCCGGAGAGUUGGCCAAGCACGCUGUCAGUGAAGGAACAAAGGCAGUUACCAAGUACACUAGCUCCAAAAUGACUGGUCGUGGUAAAGGUGGCAAAGGCUUGGGUAAAGGAGGUGCAAAGCGUCAUCGCAAAGUGUUGCGUGAUAAUAUCCAGGGUAUCACGAAGCCAGCUAUCCGUCGUUUAGCUCGUCGUGGUGGCGUGAAGCGAAUCUCUGGACUUAUCUAUGAAGAGACUCGUGGCGUUCUUAAGGUCUUUUUGGAAAAUGUUAUUCGUGAUGCUGUCACAUACACCGAACACGCCAAGAGGAAGACAGUCACAGCCAUGGAUGUUGUCUAUGCGCUGAAAAGGCAAGGUCGCACACUGUACGGCUUUGGCGGUUAGGAAAGAAGAAAGUAUAAAAAGCAACUUACACUCGCACCAAUCGGUCCUUUUCAGG